AUGUCAUUAUGUUCUAUCUAUCUAUCUAUCUAUCUAUCUAUCUAUCUAUCUAUCUAUCUCAUUUAUCUCACCUUCCUCCCACUUUUUUUAUUUUUUUUUCUUCCUUUUUUUCAACCUUUCUUUCCUUUUCUCGGCUUUUUUCCUCUUAUUUCUCUUCUUUCUCUCGAUAUUACUAAUCACUUUACUUCCUUUCUUUCUCCACAUAGUCAACCAAAUUAUCUAUCUAUCUAUCUAUCUAUCUAUCUAUCUAUCUAUCUAUUAUUAUCCAAAACGGAAAUUACUUAUAACUUAACCUCAUCUAUCUAUCUAUCUAUCUAUCUAUCUAUCUAUCUAUCUAUCUAUCUAUCUAAUAGAUUUUCAACACUAUCUAUCUAUCUAUCUAUCUGUAUUUAUAUCUAUCUAUCUUUCUGGCUAGUUUGCUUGUUUUCUAUCUAUCUAUCUAUCUAUCUAUCUAUCUAUCUAUCUAUCUAUUUCACAUAUUUAAAUUCUUAUACUGUCUUUACUCUCUUUGUCCCCUUGUCAUUGUGUUUCUCGUGCCGGCGCUCAACACAACCCAGGUCCACUUACUCUGCAACAAAUUCGCUUAAGAUAUGA